UUUUUUUUUCUUUUCUUUUCUUUUCUUUUCUUCCUUUCUUAACAUUCCUUUUGAAGAUCGAUUACAUUUUAUCUUUUAUUUUUAUUAUUUAUUCAACUGUUCCUUUGAUUAUCAAUAUGCCUAGACUAAUACCUACAGAAACAAAAGUGAUUAAAGUCCAUCCUGGUACCCUUGGAUACCAAAUUCAACAACUCGUGGUUGAAAAGCAUUGUUUCAAAGCACCCCAACAACCUGCGCAACAAAAGUUAGCAUUACUCUUUUCCCACUCGAAUGGAUUCAACAAAGAAACUCUACAUCCUCUUAUUCGUCGUUUAGUCGCUGGUAUCCGUGAACAAGUUCGCUAUCAACAUACUGAUCUUUGUGUUUAUGCCUGGGAUGCUCGUACUCAUGGUGAUUCUGCCCGUUUAAAUGAAGGCACCUUUUCAGAAACAUAUAAUUGGUUUGAUCAUGCCCUUGAUACUCAACAAGUAAUUCGAUCUCUGGAUCUCCAUACUGGUUAUGAUGGUGUUUUUGGUAUUGGGCAUAGUUUUGGUGCUACUGCUAUGCUCUUGUUGGAAUACAUGUUUCCACAGACAUUCACUGGCAUCUGUGCAAUAGAACCUGUACUUUCAUCUGACAUUUUGGAUACUGAACUUCGGGCUCAAUUACCUAUUCUAGCAUCUCUGAAACGUCGCGAUACUUGGCCUGAUCGAGAAUCUUGUUAUAAAUCUUUGGUCCAUCGAGAUUUUUGGAAAAUAUUUGAUCCUGAAGUCAUGCAACUCUAUGUGGAUUAUGGUUUGUACGAAACUCCUGACGGUACAGUCAAGCUCAAGACACCUAAAGAAGAAGAAUACCAUGUGUUCAAUGUCAGCUCCUACGCUACCUUGACGGCCUACAACUCGAUCCGUGCUUUGCGUACGCCUGUCCAAUUUGUUUUUGCGUCAUCUUCGGUGUAUGUUACGAUUGAUCCUUUAGAAUUACCUAAUUUUAAUCGGGAAUUUGCCAAUGUCAAUAUGGUGGAAGGAACUCAUAUGGUGCCCAAUGAAAAUCCUCAAUUGAUGGUACCUGAAAUUCUUGCAUUAAUGGAUCGGGCUUUAUCUGUCAAGAAACGAAUUGAUUCCAAGUUAUGAAAAAGAAUACCAAAAAUCUUAUACAUUUACUCUCCUUUCUUUUUAGUAUUAUUUCCAACCUCCUUUUCUUCCAUAAUACCUUUUAUAUAUUUUAUUUUAUUAUGCUUAUCUAGAAUAGUUAAAUACAUUGUUAUUGAAAUAAAUUCGUGGAUUGAUA